AUGGUUUCUAUCUGUGGCAUAGUUCAAAAUACAACUGACAGUGUAUUUUUAUAUGAGGUCAGCAUCUUCAGUAGUUCUUGCAUCCUCAUUCAAAUCAGAGAAAAAAGGAGGCGAGGUUGCAGGCAAACCGGAGGCUUAUGGAAGAAUAUUUGGAUUGCAUCUAGUACAAUAAUGUCCUACGAGGUUGUGUAUGAACACAUGAAAUGUGUGGGGAGAUGGAUAUUAAAGAUGUAGAAAUUGAGGCUAAACAUCAACAAAUGUGAAAGUUGUGGAAAUGGAUACAAAAAUUGCAACAAUAGAUCCCAAACAUCAGGGGGAGUUAAGAAUUAAGGGUUCAACAAUCGACUAAAAAAAAUUGUAUCAUACAUUUGCGAGGGAUCAAUGAUGGAUCACAAAAAUCUGAUAUCAUACAUUUGCGACGGAUCAGCAACGGACUACAAAACAAAUAUGGAGAUCUGAGACGGAUCAGCGACAGAAUAUUGUUACUAAGUUUUGUCGCUAGAUGACCUAAAUAAGUGUAGUAAGUAACCAUUUGCGAUGGAUAAUCUGUCGCUAAAUCGUCGCAAGGAAAAACCAAUCUGUCGCAAAAUCCCUGGCUGGCACAUUAGCCAUGCUUAAAUUAGCUAAGGAGUUUGUCUGUUGCUGAUCCGUUGCAAACAAUCAUUAGCAACAGAUUAGCGACGGAUUGGUCUGUCGCUGAAACUCUUGUUUCUAGUAGUGGAUAUAACUUCAUACAUUUUUCUUAAAUAUUAUGUUUUCGUUUUCCACUCCAUAAACAUACAUACACGUGAAACAUUCAUCAUUUAGUUAUAGGAGGAUACAUUAAUCGCAG